AUGGGUGAAGACAACGACACGCGGGCUCACUAUGCUGGGGAUGUCGAGUCCAAGGCUGUCGACAAUGGACAGGCGCUAGAUAUCGACAUUGGUCAGGCGAGGACCGUUUCCGCAGAUGGCACACCCAACCUGCUUGCGAAACACAACCAACUCGAACGGGGGCUGAAGAGCAGACAUAUUCAGUUCAUAGCACUGGGUGGAGCAAUCGGAACGGGCUUGUUCGUCGGCAGUGGAAGAAUCCUCCAGCUUGUCGGCCCCGCGCCGCUCUUUAUGGGUUACUUGUCCAUGAUGGUCUUGGUUUGGAAUAUUAUGAACAUUCUCGGAGAAAUGUCUACCUUUUUGCCAUUGAAAGGAAUUUCGAUCCCAUACUUUGUCGAGCGCUUUGUUGAGCCUUCGCUGGCCUUUGCGACGGGUUGGAACUAUUGGUAUGCAUAUGCUAUGCUUGUCGGCGCCGAGGCCGUGGCGGGGGCGAUCCUACUCGAUUACUGGAAUACGCCUGUUCCUACAGCAGUCUGGAUUACGAUCAUUCUCAUCGUCACGCUGGCGCUUAACAUCUUUGCCGUGGGAAUCUUUGGCGAGGCUGAAUUUUGGUUUGCCAGUAUCAAGUUCAUUAGCAUUAUAGGCUUGAUUCUCACCUCGCUUGUCAUCAUGCUCGGUGGCGCACCCAACAAGGACCGCAUAGGCUUCAAAUACUGGUACGACCCCGGCGCUAUCAAGCCGUAUCUCGUCGAAGGAGACGCCGGCAACUUCCUGGCCUACUGGGCAGCCUUUAUCCGCGCCGGCUUCGCCUUCAUCACCUCGCCCGAGCUGAUUGCCCUCGCUGCCGGCGAGACCAUGGCACCCCGUCGAAACAUCCCCAAGGCGGCGAGCCGAUUCAUCUGGCGUCUCGCCGUCUUCUACGGACUCGGAUCGCUGAUGGUUGGCGUCAUCGUCCCGAGCAACGACGAACGCCUGCUCAGCCCCAAGUCAAACGCUACUUCUUCCCCUUGGGUCAUUGGAAUCCAGCGUGCCGGCAUUUCGGGUCUCAACCAUGUAGUCAACGCCGCCAUCCUUACCAGCGCUUGGUCUGCUGGAAACGCCUUCCUGUACUCAGGAUCGCGAGUGAUGUACAGCUUGGCAUUGAAUGGACAGGCCCCUGCCAUAUUCAAGAAGACCAGCAAGAAUGGCGUGCCAUACGCUGCCGUACUGGCCACUUGGUCCGUUGGACUGUUGUCAUACCUGAAUGUAUCCAACAGCUCUGCCAAAGUGUUUGAUUGGUUCCAGGCUAUUUGCACCAUCUCCGGCUAUAUCGCAUGGAUCGUCGUUACCAUCACAUAUAUACGGUUUCACGCCGCUCUCAAGUUUAGGGGCCUGCUGCACACUCUGCCAUACAAGACAAAGCUCCAGCCUUAUGCAACAUACUUCACCCUCUUCAUGCUCAUCCUGCUCACCCUCACCAGCGGGUUCGACAUCUUCCCAACCUCAAAGUGGAACACAGAGAGCUUUGUCGCGGCGUAUGUCACCCUCCCUAUCUUUUUGGUCCUGUACCUUGGGCACAAGAUCUGGCAUCGUACUCCGCUGGCUCGCAAGGUCGAAGACAUUGAUGUUACGAGUGGAGUAAAGGAGAUGGAGGCUCUGGCUGCAAAUGACGAGGAGCCCGUGCCCAAAAACCUGCUGCAAAAGAUUUGGUUCUGGAUUGCGUGA